AUGGCUGGAUAAAAAUAGUUUGCUUAUCGCAGAGGAUUCUGGGAAGUGUUGGAGCAAGAUGUCUGACAUGGAGGAUGAUUUUAUGUGCGACGAUGAGGAGGAUUAUGAUCUGGAAUACUCGGAAGACAGCAAUUCCGAGCCAAAUGUUGACUUGGAGAACCAGUACUACAACUCCAAAGCUUUGAAAGAAGAUGACCCCAAAGCAGCUCUCAGUAGCUUCCAGAAGGUGUUGGAGCUUGAGGGGGAAAAGGGAGAAUGGGGAUUUAAAGCACUUAAACAGAUGAUUAAAAUUAACUUCAAACUGACCAACUUUCCUGAAAUGAUGAAUCGAUACAAGCAGCUGCUCACAUAUAUUCGGAGUGCUGUCACCAGGAAUUACUCUGAGAAAUCCAUUAAUUCCAUUCUGGAUUAUAUUUCCACAUCUAAGCAGAUGGAUUUAUUGCAAGAGUUUUAUGAAACUACUCUGGAUGCAUUAAAGGAUGCAAAAAACGACAGACUGUGGUUCAAAACGAACACAAAGCUUGGAAAGCUGUACCUGGAGAGAGAGGAGUACGGAAAACUUCAGAAGAUCCUCCGACAGCUACACCUGUCAUGUCAGACUGACGACGGAGAAGACGACCUGAAGAAAGGAACACAGCUUCUGGAAAUCUAUGCUCUUGAAAUUCAAAUGUACACGGCGCAGAAGAACAACAAGAAGCUGAAAGCCCUCUAUGAGCAGUCGUUACACAUCAAAUCUGCCAUCCCUCAUCCCCUUAUUAUGGGCGUCAUCAGAGAGUGUGGGGGUAAAAUGCACCUGCGAGAAGGGGAGUUCGAAAAGGCUCACACAGACUUCUUUGAAGCUUUCAAGAACUAUGAUGAAUCAGGGAGUCCCAGGAGAACCACCUGUCUGAAAUAUUUGGUUUUAGCCAACAUGCUGAUGAAGUCAGGAAUUAACCCGUUUGACUCUCAGGAGGCUAAGCCCUAUAAAAAUGACCCAGAGAUUCUUGCAGUGACAAACCUAGUAAGUGCCUAUCAGAAUAAUGACAUCACAGAAUUUGAGAAAAUAUUGAGAACGAAUCACAGUAAUAUAAUGGAGGAUCCCUUCAUAAGGGAGCACAUCGAGGAGCUCUUACGCAACAUCAGAACGCAAGUGCUAAUAAAAUUAAUAAAACCUUACACAAGAAUACACAUCCCUUUUAUUUCAAAGGAGCUGAACAUUGAUGUUGCAGAUGUAGAAAGUUUGCUUGUUCAGUGUAUAUUGGACAACACGAUCCAUGGACGCAUUGACCAAGUCAACCAGCUACUGGAAUUGGAUCAUCAGAAAAGGGGAGGCGCACGAUAUUCAGCGUUAGACAAAUGGACGAAUCAGCUGAACACCCUCAACCAGGCCAUUGUCAGCAAGCUGGCCUGAGUGACAGUGGCUGAGAAGAAUGGGUCCGAGUCGCAAGGCACCGAUGCUGAACUGCAGACACAGGAAAGAGCAGUUUCGCUGUCUGCUAGCAUUGUCCUGCUAAGUGGAGCUUGACGGCAGUUUCUCUAAUCAGCUCAUUUAUGUUGGCGACUAUGACUUUUCAAGACCGACAGCUUUAAUGCUCAUCAGAAAACCAAAACUCGUUGGGAUUGAUGUUGUUUUGAUAUCAAGUCCUUUUAAUUUAUAAUAUUUAGUAUAACACUUUAGGCCAGUGUUUCCCAGUCUGGUCCUGGGGGUCCCACAGACAGUCCACGUUUUUACCGGGAGCUGGGGGCGACCAAAAAUGUGGGCCAACUGUAGGUCCCUGAGGAGCGGAUUGGGAAACACUGCCUUAGGCUAUGAAAUGACCGAAAGUCGAAAUGUAAACCUGUUCUGAGCACUUAUUUCCAUGCAUGGACCAACUUAGUGGCUGUUCUCUGCAAAAUGUCAGAUGUCUAAGGGUUUCAUGCCUGAGAAUGUGGAUGUACUUAACAGGAUGCUUGAUGUUGUGAUUACCUGGCAAAUAGAGAUUUCAUACUACAAAAUAAAGUUGGUGUGGUUUUUA